AUGCCGGGCGGCGGUGUUCGUCUCUCUGUGUGGGGCGGGGCUGGCGAGUCACUCCCACGCCUCUCGGGAUUUUUAUAUUACCCAAAAGCUAGGCUACACAACGCCCUCUAUGUUUGGUCUCGGGAUUUUAUCUGGUGGAUAUCCUUUGGCCGCGUUGGGUAG